AUGUGUGAUACCCUGGCUGACAUUUCUUGCUCUCACGCCGGGUAUAAUGACAUCGCCGAAGUUGACUAUGUCCAUGGCGGUCGUGAUACUGACUCACUUGCGAAGAAUGAAGAAGGCGUAGUGUCUAUCGAUGCCGCGGACAUCGUCAACGGUCUUCUCAUUCGCUUCGUGAAAGUCAUGGCACGGGUUCAGAUGUUGGCGAUGAGCUUGACACACAGCGCUGCUGAUACCAACAACUCAGGAGGGCUGACCACUGCUGACCACGAGGUUAUCAGUGGUGACUUUCUGGCGUGGUCCGAAAAGGCCCAAGAUUGGUUCACGCAAUUCAUUGGAGCCCUGCGAAAGGCCUCUAAUCUGCCCAUGGUGGAGUCCAACCUGGAAGUACUCGAACGCGAAUUCACGGACAACCUGAGUCUGUUGAAGAAACUGCAAAAGGAGCCUGUGAGUCGGGUGCGUUUUGAUCCGGAUCUUUAA